AUGAAGGAUGAUGAAUGGGCGCAGAAUAUUAUCAAGGACUGGGAUGUAAAGGGCAUGCUAAGUAAAGAGUCCAUCAUAGCACGUUUAGACAAAGAAAUUCAAAAUAGCUACGCCAUUCGCGAGGAAGAAGAGGCAGCUCUCAAAGGGACUUUUGAAUCCAUAUGCAGUGAAGAGGGUCUUCUGACGGAGACUACGCUUAUCUCUAUUCUACAGAGGAAAGCAAAUCUGCCUCGUUCUCCAGAUGGUAUCGAAGCGGGAAAGGUCAUCUAUGCAAGCCUCGCUCCGCCGUCCACUAAAUCGCCGCCUGGGCUUUCUCUCGCCGAGCUCACUCGGUCAUUGGUGUGGGCUCUUCCAGGGCGAUAUGCGUCCAUCAUAGAAGAAGGAUCCCACUCCCGCGUGAGAACCAAGGCUGAUCACCGCAGACUCCUUUUCCAAAGCCUGGCUUCCACAAAUCAUAAUAAACAGUAUGAUCCUGAAAGCGCACGCCGUCUAGCACUGUUCAAUGCCUUUGACGUUGACAGAGGAGACAACCAUGAAUUCUGCUCCUCGAAUCAUGACGACGAUGGUGAUGAAAUUUACCACGAUCUCCUUGACGUGUUAUACUCCACACAGGAAGUGAGGCAUCCUGGGCUUUCUCGAGUUGCUCGAGAUGCAUUCCGGGGUGUGGCAAAGCAUAUGGCGUCAGAGAAUGAGAUGCCGUCGCUGUACACUAUCGGUAUUCCAACAGACCGGUUCAUUUCUUUAGUAAAACUUCUUUUGGCAUUACAGUUCAAACCCACCGAGGCAAAUAUGGACUUGACUGGUUUUGAGACUGCUGCAAAAUCCGUGUGCGCGGCUUUCUGUGAGGAGAAGAAUCAAGUUAUUACCUGGCCAAUGUUUGAUAGUGCACUAAGAGAUACUGUGCCAUACCUCUUUGAUCCCUUUUAUUAUAUGUUGUCAACUACAUUCUUGGGAACAACCGGCCUUUUUGAUGUCCUAGACAGACCUGAAGUCACCAAUACAUCAGGAGGGAUUCUCAAGCCGGCGCUCUUUAGUCAACUCGCGACCUUUCUCUCCGGUGGCGUAUACUUUGGUUCGCUACGUCGCAUUCACCGCUGUACCGGUCCUACUCGUACAUCACCCACUGAAUUUGUGGGUGCAAUGGAGUCAGUCCCAGACGAGGCUAUUAUGGUCCUCUCAGGAACUACAUCAGCAGGAGAAUCUUGCAUCUUCGGCGUCUUUAGUCCCAAACCUAGGGCUGAUGGAGCUAGCGUGCAGCCAAAUGAUAUCCCGGGUCAUGUUGGCCAGGAACCGUGCUCGGUUUUCCAGCUAGCUCCAGUCCAAGACAUCUUUAGGGGGGCUAUAGGCAAGCCCGGUUGGACAGUGGACAAUGAUACUGUUAUAUUUGGACAGGGAGGCGGAGUAAUACUAGGGUUGAAAGAUGGGUUGCGCCAGGUCCAUGUCACACAUGAAGUUCACAAAGGAGACGAGAGGACAGGCGUGUACAGAUCAAAUCCAUGGAGGGGUAGUUGGGAAGUCGACUUUGAAAUUUCGGAAAUGGAGAUUUGGAGCGAGCAGGAAUGA